UUAGAUUCUCUUGGGAUUUAUUGUGGAUUAUGUUUCAGAAGGGAUUUUUCUGGUUGAACCUAAAAAUAUUUUUCAGUCACUUGUGCCCGUUCCCCACCCCCACCCCUCGGCGGGGUUAACAGAGCCCGCCCCCUCUCCUCUCUCCCCGGCUGCCUCCGCCUCUCUUCCCUGGUCUGUCAUCCACACCGCUGUUGUUGCAGCCAUUUUACUGUGAAGCGUCGGCACAGCGGCGACCGGAGGAUGCCGAAACAGCGCCGUUAAAAGGACUAGAAACAUGGCUGGCGCUGCGCGAGGUCCCGUGGUUGGCCGGCCAUUGGCAUUUGCCAAUGAAGAGCGAAAGGCGGUCCACUCCUGGUCCCGGAUCUCGUCAGCGGGGCACAACGUCCUCCUGGAUGCUCUAAAGAUCCUCAGCCCAAUGUCCUGUGACCUCUCAAGCAGUGAGGAGCUGGUCACCUUCCUGCAGGAACUGGGCGACGAGGGCCACAAGCCCACUGUGCUACGUAGCAUGGACGUGUAUGGCUACCGCUCCAGCACAAACCAACUCCUGACUGAAGACAUGCUGAAGCCCCCCAACAGGAGCGCCAGACCUGCUGCCAAGAGGAGGGGAAGGAAGCCCCCGACCAAGAAGAGAGAGGUGCACCCAUCCUGGAACACCUCUGAGAAGUGCAACCCUAAGAUUCAAGGGGUCCGCCCUCCAGAGCUGCUGGUGGACCAUCGUGCCAUCACCUGCAGCAGGACACCCAGUCGGACUAUGGAGGUAUCGCAGGUGCGGCCGUGCCUCAGACUGACCAACAUUGAGGGCCUGUCUGGCUUCCAUACAGCCAGACUCCAGAUUCACACUUCUUGGGACAAAACCUCUGAGGCACCAUCUGUUGCCUUUUCAAAGCAACAGCACCCUCCAACGCUUUCAGGAAUACCUUUGCAGCCUUCUCAGAACGGUGGUGGGGCGCCCACCAAAGCUGUGGCCUUGUUCAGCCAGAAGAGCCUGUCCUGCCCCAUCCGAUUGGACGGCGCCCUCAUCGGAGAUUCUGCACCGGUCUUUUACACAAAUGGACGGGCAUUCCCAGAGACUCACACAGAGCUGACCAGCAAUGGCUGGAGGGGAAACGGCCUCCACAGAGAUGGUCGGGGCCCCAAGGAACUGAACAACCCGACCCGGCAGAGGAAUGGCUGGAAGGACAAAAACGGUCUUAGAAGGAAAGUGAUAAAGGUGGAUGACUCUCGCUCUGUAGCUGAGGCCCGCAGAAAAGCGCAAAAGAUCCUACAGGUCAACCUGUCUCCAGUGAUUCAGAUUCAACCUCUCAACCAUGUGCUGAGAGACUUCAGAUACCAGAAUAACUGAAACCCCCCACCCCCAUUGUUUCCCUUAGCAGAUGUUAGUGUUUUACAUCCAUUAGCCUAUACCUGGCUGAGCCCCAGUGUUCAUAGCAGACGUCUUACAUUGGUUUUUUGUUAACUCUGCUGAGUGUUGAGGUCAGUCUGUCUUUGGAAGUUCUGGUUCCUGACAGGGGCACUCGGGAUUGAAAGGCAUUUGAAGUUAGGUGAUGCUUUUCUCAGCAGGCAGGGAAAAGACUUGGCCGAAUGCUGGUACAUUUUCACAGUCCACUUUAGUUUACACUAUACAAUUCAACCAACCAUCAUUCUGCUUUAUGUUGACUGCCUGCUAGCCAGUGUUGCUGAUGGAUUUGGGACACAGCAUCCACUGGGACCGUUUGGUCAAAAGUGAAUUUUCUGUCCUUCAACGAGGCACUGGGUCCUCCUCACAGUUGUUUAGAGUAUGUAUAACUCAUUUGGAGUAGAGUGCCAUUUUGUUAAUUAUUUUUACUUGUAGCGCUUAAAAACUGCUGUCACUCUGCAGCGCCCCAUUUCCCCUGAAAAGAAGGGGAAAAUGAAGUUGGUGAUGGGACAGAACAAUCGCAUUGAACGCCCAGAUAAACUGGUGGAAGAGCAGGGCAAGUUUCCAAAGUCCUUACAAGAGCAGACAUGAUGGUUGGUUGGUCCCAGCAAACAAAUUAACUAAACAAUUAAGAGAAAAAUGUUUAGUUUGUCUUCCUUUUUGUACUUUUGUUGUUUCCACUGGAAAUCAGGAAGGCUCUGGGGGCGAAUAUAGCAGGGAAUCCAACCUGCAGCCCAUAUAGACAUAGAUUGAUACUUGGAUGAUUUGUUUGAACUGCAGUCCUUCACAAAGUGUUCCUUUUUGGUUAAGUUUAUCCACACAUGGAGACAAAAAGACUUAUAGAAUAUUUUUGACUGCUGGAUGAUUUGAUGUCCUACAGAAACAUGAAUCCAUAAACUGCAGAAAAUGGCGACUAUGGAAGAGGACUUGGGCCUACAUCAAACAAUUGGAUUUCUGAGCUAAAAGAAUUCUGACUUCAAUCUUUAAAGUUCUCUCACUGUUAAACUUCAUCUCUGAAUCCUAUAUUUACAAAUUUCUGACUAAUUUCAGAGUUUAUUUUCCAAAUUGCACCUUUUCCCCUCAAAAUUCCUCUAUUCCAUGAUGUGGCCCUGGUCCACCGCCAUAAACACCAGAUACAAAAAUAACCAUCUGCUGUCGGUCUAAUGCUGCUCAAGAUUUACUUAAAUACAUUUUUUUUCUUCACAGGCAACCAACUGUCAUUUGGAGCCUUGAUGUAAGAAAUUUGUUUGGCUGAUUUAGAAAUGUUUGUGGUGACAUUUGUUAACUUAAGCUGCAGGACUUUCUGUUUCCUGACAAGUUAAAUUUGAAACUACAGCUUCAGAAAGUUGAAUCUCCCAUCAGAACUUUGCUCUGUUGAGUCGAAGGAAAGAAUUGCCCAUCAAAAUCUACUUGGUAGUUUCUUGAUUUCUUGUGCUGUUAUCAAACUGAUGUGGCUCACAUUCAAACUAAAAUAAAUGCACUUUGAGAGUGUGACAGUGCUUAAUUGUCGCCUGUUUCCUAAACAUGAAGGUCGUUAAUAUUCUUAUUUCCUGUAUCAUGUAGAAAAUAUGUGAAAUAAUCUGAAAAAUCUGGUUGGACUUUUUUUUUUGAAACCACACUGUUUUUUGCUACAGGUGCUAACUUUGCAACGUUGGUGCUGAAUUAAAUAACUGGCACAAGAAUGUCGUCAUAUUCUGUUUUUCUAGUUCAUAGUGGGGCAUUUAGGAGUAGCAACUUCCUUUAAAUUAUUCUGAGGGAUUUAUAGCACUGCUGCCCCCUGCAGGUUGGGAUGAGCUUGCCAAACCACCUUGUGUGUUUUCUAAAAGGUUUCUACUGUGAGGAGCCACCUUAAUUAAUUUUCAUGUUGUCAUCUGUAAGAAACUCCUGUGAAUUUCCAUUUGCGACAAAACUACAUUCCACGAGAGAAAAGUUGAGUGUUGACCUCGGAAACAGUACUUUUACACAAAAUCUUAACUUAUAGUCCACUUAAUAGCUUUUUCCCGGAACUUUUACUGAUCUCACAAAGACCGUUAAAUGUGAACAAAAGCUCUGGAAAAAGACAAAGCGAAACUUGAUAUUUUUUGUCAAAGUAUACUUUUAAUUUUUCUUUUUUUUUAAACAAAAAAAAAAUAAUGGAGAAAAAAAGAUCACAAAUAUUGACUACUUUAAACCACCAGUUCCUAAAGUCCAUGUAAAACAGAACUAAACCACCAUCCGGUCAGUAAAUGAGAACGAAAAAGAUCUGUUUGCUGUGGACACCAUUAUGGCUGUAGAAAGAUCUAAUCAGAUUUAAAAUGGAAAUAUGUGCUUACUGGUUUGGAGUCCAUGCAGUAUUCACGUAUUAGCAUUCUGUUCCCCUGUUUAAUCUUAGACCACAUCAGUGUUUGGUGGUCGGCUUUACAGAGCUCCAAGUCCCUGUUCUGGUGAAUUUUAUGUUCCGAUCUGUCUGUACGGAGUCAUGUUCAUGCCCACUGACAAUUCCCCUUUUCUAUAUCUUUGUUAGUCUUGUUUGUGCAACACUUGUAUAAUAUUGUAUUUCCUACAUGACCUUUUGAAAACGUUUUGUUCAAUAAAACCAAUCUAAAAAGAA